CCCCUGCGUCGCUGUCCUGUCGCACCCCUAGCGCCCCCAUCCUCCCCCUCUCAGUCUCGUCCGUCUGUCUCCCUCUCCCUUUCCCCGCCCUCUUACCCCGUUACGCGGCAAUGCACUUCCGGCUGUGCAAAAUUCGGCAAAAAGCUCUACGGGUCUCUCCUGUGGAAACUUGAGCAAAGUGAUCCGUUUCGCGGAUCCGUCCGUCUUGACGUUCCUCCGCAUCACCGUCCCCGUCGUCGUCAUCGUCGUCGUCGUCGCCGUCAUCACCGUCGUCGUUGUUUGCCACCCUAUCAACCCAGCGUCUCGUAUCUCUGAUAAACAAAAGAAUUCAUGGCAGCCAUUAGGAAGAAAUUGGUUAUUGUGGGUGAUGGCGCUUGUGGUAAAACAUGCUUACUCAUAGUCUUCAGCAAAGACCAGUUUCCCGAAGUGUACGUACCCACGGUCUUUGAAAACUAUGUCGCGGACAUUGAAGUCGAUGGGAAGCAGGUGGAACUGGCUCUUUGGGACACAGCUGGACAAGAAGAUUAUGAUAGGUUGCGUCCAUUGUCGUAUCCUGACACAGACGUUAUUUUGAUGUGCUUUUCCAUCGACAGUCCCGAUUCCUUGGAGAACAUUCCCGAGAAGUGGACACCUGAGGUGAAGCACUUUUGCCCGAAUGUGCCCAUUAUCCUUGUUGGAAACAAAAAAGACUUGCGCAACGAUCCUAAUACCAUCAAGGAGCUUAGCAAGAUGAAACAGGAACCAGUAAAGCCAGAAGAAGGUAGAGCUAUGGCCGAAAAAAUUAACGCUUUCGCUUAUCUUGAAUGUUCUGCUAAGAGUAAGGAGGGUAUUAGGGAAGUAUUUGAAACGGCAACUCGAGCUGCGCUACAAGUAAAGAAGAAGAAGAAGGGAAGAUGUCGGCUUCUUUAAGUAAAAUGCCAAGUAAGCCUGGUAACGGGCUAAAUAAUGGAAUUGCGGAGCUAGCUGCAAUGGAGCUAGUUGUUAUGCCGGAGGCCCCCAGCGGAAACCAUAAUAUAAUAACAACUUAUCUUUAAUUAUUUUACACAAUAAAACAAAUCUAUAUUUAAAAAAAAAACGAAAAACAACCACAAAAUGCGCCCGCAAUAUAAAAAACUGUCAUUGAUGAAACCGGAAACUUAAACAUUAACUAAAUUCAAUACAAGUAUAUGUGCUAUAUAUGAAGAAAAAAAACCAUAAUGUAUAUUGUAAUGACUACUUGAUUGUAUUUUUUAAUGGUAAUGAAUUGUGCUUCGAGUUUAAACAAUUAAACAAUUGUCAUACCAACUAUUUACAUUUACGGUACAUAAUUAUCUAUAUCAUUGUAGCAAUUAUUACUAUUAUUAUUAGUAUCUCAUUACUAUUAUAUGCAUUCUACAUGUUUUUUUUUUAAUCGUAGUGGCUGUUUAUUUUUGGUAAUAAAAAAAAAAUAUGCGGAAGAAAGGGACGACAGAGUUGGGGGAAUUCGUAACAAAGUAUAAAAGAGAGAGAGAGAGCGAGAGAGAGAGAGAGUGAAAUGGGGAGAGUAGAAACAUAAUAUGCAAUGCAAAGUCAUAGAAAGCAAUGUAAGAAUUUAAAGCAAAUCGUUAAGAAUUCCAAAUGUUGCGUCGCUAUUUUAUCGAAUCAUCGCAUUAUCGAUAUUUCUUAAACAAAAAAAAAAGUAACAAACAUAUAUUGCAGUUAUAAAAUUGCGUAAGUAGACCAGCGGAUCAUUUUGAUCUAUAAGAAUACCAACUAGGCUAAAUGUAUUAUUAUUAUAAUUAUUAUUAAUUAUUUUUAUUAUUAUAUUGUAAUACGAUGACACUAACAUUACGGAUUAUAACAGCGGCUAUAUUAUAUUUAUGUAUUUCGACAACA